CGGCGCUUUCUUCACCAAACCGAGCAUCAAAUCAACGAUCACAAUCUGCAAAGGACGUCCAUCGAGAGCAAAUGGAAUCCCAGGGCUGGGCUUCAAUUCGACCUUGGAUCCCUCCGUUAACUCUGUCAGUACGCGAAAUAACAUCUGUUUCUGUCACCUUCAUUCUUUCGGCAUCAUCAGCACCGCUCCCAAGCGAUCCCGAUUUAUCUGCCUUGGGACUCUCGGCGGAAGAUGUUCAACACCGAGUUGAAGACGAACCAGAUGUAGAGGACGAAGAUGAGGGUCACAGUACGAGCAACUCGGAAUCUGAUGCGAAGAGCUUGAAGUCACCGUCAUCACAUCCCUCAGUCGUGUCGCGGGCACUGGCCGGAGGGUUGUCGGUUGAAGUAGAUCGCGGGUUAUGGCGGAGAGUAUUAAUUAGGAUAGAUGAUAAAGCCGACGAGGCUGUUAUCAUCGUCUAUGGUCUCAUGCCUGGAAGGCAAUAUGACGUAGACCUCGAACUGGUACAAGGGCAAACUAUGAGAAGUCAAGUUGUUACCCAAGAGGAUAGUAGUCCGAAUGGCACCGCAGCCGAACUUGAAAUGUCGACGGCACCUACAGGAAACGCUGACGACAGUACUCCCAGUCGACCGACCACCCCUCCUCCGAAAUCUUCCCCAUCACCUUCACAAUCAAAUUCAAGUCAACCACAUCCACAAUCGGGCACGUCGUUCUCUUUCGCACCUCUGACACUCGAGGAUAGAAUUACACAGCUACAGCAUACACUUUCCCUACUCAAUUCUGAUACUGCCACGCUUACAGCCUCGAUCAAAUCUACGAGACGUGAUUCUCAGAAAGCAGAUGCUGCCCUACGGUCCGAAAUUGAAGUACUCCGUCGUGCAUCCGAGAAACAUGCUGCGGGAGAGCUACGUAUGAAGCAGAAAGUGUUGGCGUUACAAGAAGCGGUAAAACGCACGAAUACCUUUGUAACGGAAACCAAGUCGGAAUUUGAACGAGUUGAUGAGUUGUACCCUAAACUCGAGUCCACAAAAAAUACGAAAGAAAAAGAGUACGAGCGUGUAUUGGCAGAAGCUGACAGAAUGCGGGAAGCACGCGAGCGCGAGGAAGAAAAAGUACGGAAAAGGAUCGAAGGGUUCAAGACCGAGCUUAACGCGUUGGCUAAAACGCACGAGAAAUUGGAAGCAAAGCAGGAGAAGAUUGAAAAUGGAACUGUGAAGGAGCUUCAGGAUAAGCUCGAGCUUGUAGAGAGGGAAUUGGAGGAAUUGGAAGCACAAGAAAAGAUGUACUCCAUGCUGAAUGCAAGCAAUCGCCCUUUUGCAUCAUCAGGCUCGGGAUUGGGACCCAUCGGACAACCACGUCCGCAAAUUGUGCCCGAACUCCCCAUUACAUUCGCUGGUCGCCCUCCAGCAGGACCUGUACCUAUACAAAGACCGGCAAAUUCCUCGUCGACACCGAUAACUAGUACAAAAUCCCACAUGCAUAAUCAUUCCCUCCCUCUCCAUCCCCACAACUUUGUACACCAAACGUCAAGCAAUGCCCCAGGCCAACGCCCUCAGUCCCUUUCGUCCAGCCAUGUAUCUCAUCAUAGCCAUCCAUCGGGACCACACUCCUCUCACGGGCUUCCUCAUCUCGGAGGAGGUGGACGACAGAGUCAUCACCACGCUCAUGGACACCACGAUCGCUCACAUACAGCCGUUCCAACUACGAUCCUCGUCAAUCCCAACCGGGCAAACCGGCACAGUAGUAGCGGUAGUACUAGUACAGCGAUCACAGGCGCUGGCGUUAGUACAUCCUUACCCAGCACCCCGAUGGUGAACGCGAACUCCACGACCACGACGGCCGCAACAACAGAUUCUGGAUCUGAAGGUUCCGGUGGUUCCCCCGGUCAAGCUCAUAUGAGUGCUGUAAAGUUGACGGGUGGCGGUACAUCGACACUUUCGAGUCGCGCGGCACCGUUCGAACCUAGUAAGGGGCUUGGGAUGGGCCCAAUGGGGUUUUUGAGAGGGACGAAAAGCAAAAAUGGGGGUAGUACGUAGUAACACGGACAUGUUGCAAUUGAUUUUUCGGGCGGGUGGAGUUUUUUCUCUUUCUUUUGACGUCUUUGAUGAUUUUUCUUGCAUCAGCUAUGUAUCGAUUAAUCUAUUUAUACCUUCUGUUAGUAUCAUAC